AUGACAGAGAUAAGAGAACUUGCAGCCGGACGAAUUAAAUGUGCAAAAAAAGCUCCAGCACCUGGUGAAGGUAAAAUCAGAAAAUUUCAAUGUCCUUCUCUUAACUUUGAGGCUGCCGAAUACUAUUGUCUUCUAAAUUGGCAAGACGUUCCAAGAACCUCGCCACCUAUGCUACGAGAUAUAAAUGAUGACAAAAUUGAAGCAGCAAUUAAAGUACCUCGGAAGUGGACACUAAAAAAAUAUCCUUGCCAUAAUCAAAGCGUGGAACGACAUGUGAAGUUGGUAACCGAAGCAUCAUCGCCAGUCUGUGGUGCUCUGAGACGUGAUGGAUAUAUAAGAGCAAAAUUAGAAUCAAGAAAAGAAAUUCCACAUUUUGGUUUGAAGAAAGAUUGGAAAAGAGGAGAGAUUAACUGA